AUGCCAGAUCUCAACUUCAAUACGGAGAGCGACAUCUCAGACCUCUCGGGGAAGACAAUCUUCAUAACGGGAGGAACAAGUGGCCUUGGUGCACAAUCAGCAAUUCGUCUAUCUAAACAUAACCCAUCCCACAUCUACAUCAGCGGCCGAAAUGCCCAAAGCGCCGAGAGAGUUAUCACGCAAAUCCACAACAGCGGGUCAAAAACAGAAGUCACAUUCAUCCCAUGCAAUCUCGCUUCCCUGGACUCCGUAAAACAAGCAAUAUCGAAGUUCACGUCCGAAACAACUCACCUCGAUAUCCUGAUGUGCAACGCAGGGGUCAUGGCUCAAGGCCCUGGUCUAACGAAAGACGGCUACGAAAUCCAAUUUGGCACAAACCAUCUUGGCCACGCCCUUCUAAUCCGAAGACUACUCCCGCUGCUCGAAACUACAGCUAGCGAGGGUGGUGAUGCUCGUAUUAUCAUUCUUACGUCCCAAGGCUUCCUCCUCCACCCAAGUGCGGGCAUCGUUUUUGAUGAUUUGAGGACUACGCAGGAAUGUCUGUUCCCGGGUCCUUGGCGACGAUAUGGACAAAGUAAACUUGCAAAUCUGCUGUAUGCCCGUGAGCUCGCCAAAAGGUAUCCUGGUAUACUGUCUGUAGCUGUGCAUCCGGGUGUGGCCGCGACUGAUCUGGUGGGGAGCCAGGGUUUCCUUAAUAAGGCCUUUAUUUAUACCACUAAUUUUGGGAAGCUAUUGAGGCCGGAGGAGGGUGCUCACAAUCAGUGCUGGGCUGCGACCAUUGCUCGCGAUAGGAUCGAGAGUGGAAUGUAUUAUGAACCUGUUGGAAAACAGGAGAGAGAGAGGUUGGAUAAGACUGCCAAGGAUGAUGUAUUGGCUGGGAAGUUGUGGGAUUGGACUGAGAAGGUACUUGAUGGGUUUUGA